AUGUUUGCCUUUAUUGCGCUUUUCCUUCUGCAAGCUACUUCGGCAGACCACCUAUCCCAGCAGCCAUUGAGAGAACUAUUUCCUGGGAACUGGGAGGCUGAGCUGCAAGCAGAUAUUCCUAAUCAGCCAGAACCAUGCUCCGUGAGCCAUCUCUCAGCGUACGAGCAGGUUGAAGGGCCGGUAGCUUUCUCCACGUCUUCCACCGAGCAUUUGGAAACACCCAAACUAUCAGGCGUAAACGCAACAGCCUGGGAACAAUGGGAAUUCGAUGGGACUGACGAUGAUGGAAUGGCUGGGAUUAUCAUUGGAUUUUCGAGAGAUGCGUCAUAUGCGUUCUUUGGCCUCGGAAACCUCCGCGUCGAAUUUUACAUGGUUCUGAGCGACGGAACGGUCAUCCAGGAGCUCGAUUAUCUGGAUGAAUCGACUAUCAUGAACUGCCAGGGAGAUAUAACGGGAAUGUGGAAUAGCACAAAACGCAGUUAUUCUUUCCACGUGCCAAAAGAUAUGAGUCGUGCAACCGUCAAAUGGAGAACCCCUGCCGGGAAGGGAACACUGUCGCUAACAUCGACAACGCAGCCCCAUUUCCCCGACGGCUCAAUGUGGCCCUCACAGGGUGCCAGAACGGAAAUGGCCCCGUCUCUGCACAUGAACCAGCCAAUCGCAGGUGGCCGUGUCAUAGCAGAUGUUGAAUUAUCGAGCUCGAAAAGGAUGCAAUUAAGGGGAUUUGGUGGCCAUGGUCGGCUAUGGGCCCAGGGGGGCUGGUUCGAUAUCGUUGACGGCUUCCACAUCAUACGUGCAUAUGCGGGACCAUACACGAUAUCUUACUGGAGGCCAAUCUCGCGGCUUAAUAAAGGAGAUGUCUAUCAUUCAGCGCAGCUGUUCAAACAUGGGAAGCUGCUAGCGGCCACGCAGCUAGGGGAGAAAUCUCAAACCAAAGAUUACAUUCUCUUCUCAAACGAUUUUCGUGGUAAAGUCAGUGGGGGCCUUACUGACAAAUCCACUGGCCAUAUACUUGAAUUUAUAUCCCCUAGUCGAGGAAAAACAUGGCGAUUUCUCGUAGAACAUAUGAGAAAGAAAUUCGAAAUGGGACUUGGUGGUGAGACUGGGAUAAGUGGGUUCACGAAUCGAGUAACAGGCGGAGAAGCAGGGGGGAGGCAAUAUGAGGGACGAGGCUUUUCUGAGCAAACUAUCUUCCCGGAGGAAAUUGCCAAAUGGAGGAUCUGGAUUGUUUAUGGCAUUGGGUAUUUCAACCGUGGAAAAAGCUUUGUACUCAGGAUCGCGCGAUGGCUAUCUUGA